UACACUGGAGGAUUACGAUAAGAGAAACUCAAUGCGGUUUGAAGAAGGCAAACAAUUAAUUGGACAAAUCAUAUCCGAUUUUCCUACAGGGAUAUUCCCCAUAAUUCUAGACGUUGGUUGCGGAUCGGGAAAUUUGUCUCGUGCCAUGGCUAGGUUAAUCCCACACGACACCAUCUUCGGCAUCGAUAGCGACCUGGGCCUCGUUACACUUUCCGAAAAUAAAAACUCCACCCCGGAAACAAUCAGCUACGUGAGUCAAGACAUUUCUCAGCCGUGGGACCAACUUGCCCCGGAAUUAACCCGACUCGCCGGACAUGUGGACUUAAUCCUGUCGAAUAUAACGCUCCAUUGGGUGACAGAUAUUGCAACAGCGUGUAAAAAUUUUGAACACCUGCUAAAACCUGGGGGCGUAUUUUACUUCAAUAUUUUGGGCAUAAAAACAAUUCCAAUUUCCCCGAAGCUACAAUGCUUACCGCAAAAAAGGAUUGUGUCGCAAAUUACUGAAAUGGUGAGUAUUUUGUACCGAAAUGAAUUGGAAGUACGUCGGUCAGAACUAUUUCAGAAUCGCUGGCUCUAUAGUGGGGAAGAGCUUUACUCACUAAUCCCCAUAAUGUACAAAAUGUGCUACAAUUUGAUUAAUGAAUCGGAAUUCUUGAAAUUCGAUGAAAUUGAACAGGAGAAAGUGAGAGAAGAAAUUCGGAACGGAGUACAUGCUGCGUAUGUUUUUGAUUUGGAAAACGUAGAGGAAAACUAUGUCGUUGCUUCUGGAGAGCAGUUUUGGUUUCGUUACGAUUCCUUUACAAUGUAAGGAGGAAAGAUGGUGGAGGAAAGUUAGAAAUAGAACGGAGGCAAAUGUGACUCGUUUGAUUUUUCGAAAUAUUAAUAUUUGUAAAAUACAAUUAGUAAAUAGACCAAUUUUUAUGAAAUAUGGUUACAUCCUGCCUGAAAAUUUAUUUAAAUACUUAUGUAUGUAGUAGCUCAAAAUUAUUUUUCGUCAAAAAUCCAUUGCCUUGUGACAGCUUAUACAUACGUAGUGCAUAAAUGGGCAUAAAAGGCACAUCCUUGCAAAAACAACCAUCAUUCAUUUUUCGUGAUUAUGAGAAAUGUAUUUAUAAUGCAUGUAUUGCUACAUAUAUAAUUACACUGUACUAGUAACUAUUAUUUUCUGCAAUUUACUUGUUUAU